AUGUCGGCUGGGGUUCCUGCGACCUUCGCCGCUGGCUGCUUUUGGGGGACCGAGAGGUUCUUCGUGAAGCGCUUCGGGGAUGCCUUGAUUUCUCACGAAGUGGGGUUCAUGGGGGGCGCCGAGGCCGAUGAGGUCACGUAUCCGAUGGUGAAGAAGGGCGACACCGGGCAUGCGGAGGUGCUGCACGUCAUGUACAACCCCGACAAAGUCACCUACAAGCAGCUGCUUGAUUUCUUUUUCCGCGUACACAACCCGACGACGUUGAACCGGCAAGCGGACGACGUCGGCACACAGUACCGCAGCGCCAUUUUUUACCACAGCGAGGAGCAAUUGCAGGAGGCCAAGGAGUACAUUUCAAGGCUCAAUGGCGCGGACCCGACGCUGCGGGCCGCCUUCGUGAAGGCCUUUGGAGAUGUACAGGUCGUCACCUCGUUGGAAAAGGCGGCGCAUUUUUAUCCAGCAGAGGAAUACCAUCAACAGUACCUGGAGCAGAAUCCCAACGGCUACUGCUCGCACCGCUUGCAUUGGUGA